GCGCGGGCGCGGUGUCUUCAGUUCCCUGGCGUGCCUCCCCGAACGAACGUCGCCCUCUCCGCCCAGCGCUGCCCAGCGCCGCCCAGCGUCUCUCAUCCACCUCAUUCCGCUCGAACCGGGGGCCAGCGGACCCCCUGCACUCGCUAUGGAGUGACCGAGUGACCGGCGAGUGACCAUUGACCCGUUGGAUUAGAAGAACAUCAAAGUGUUAGUGAGAGUGAGUGAGUGUCGUGUGAGAAGUGGUGAUCAGCGGCGAGUGAUUCAGUGACAAUCACUCAUCAGUGACUGCACGGAUAACCAACCUCUUCAAAAUGCGGCUGUUAACAGUGACGGCCGCGCUGAGUGCGCUCUGCCUGGGUGCGGCGCUGGCGGCGACCGUCAGCAAGGAGGCGGCGGCCGCGGGCGCCAGCUCGCCGUACGCCGUGUCCAUGGAGCCCAUGGUGCCGUACUCGCAGCGGGACCCGCUGUACCACAGCCGGCCGGGCCGGUCGCUCAGCCACCACCACGCGCGCGGCCCCCACGCGGCCGCCAGCGCGCGCGCGGCCGCCGCCGCCAACCUGCGCGGCGCCAAGAACCGCCGGGAGGCGACCUACGGCGCGCCGCCGCCGCCCGCCUACGACGAGUACGGGCCGCCGGCCCCGCAGCACCACGAGUACCCGGAGCCCAUCAUCGAGAUCAUCAUCAAGGAGUCCAACGAGAGCCUGCCCGCGCCGCCGCCGCCGCCCGUGCUGCCGCCCAAGAAGCCGACCCGCGAGCCCGUCCACGUGUUCUACGUCAAGUACAAGCAGACCGGCAGCGGCGAGUACGGCAAGGAGGGCAACAGCGGCGUCGUGUUCGACGACCCCAUCCCGGCGCUCACGCCCGCGCCGCCGCUCGAGGAGGAGGAGGAGGACCACCACCGCCACCAAGAGCACCACGCGCACCUCGAGGACGUGACGCCCGGCCCGCCGCGCCAGACCACCACCCUGCGCGCCAUCAUCCACCCCGACUCGGAGCUGGCGCACGCCGCGCACGGCUCCGAGGGCAAGCUCAGGGUGACGUUUGGCGGCCCACACGACGACGAGGGCAGCGCGCGCCCCUCGGCGCACACGCAGCACGGCGCGGACGACAAGCACGACAAGCAGGACGGGCACGAGGAGGGCGAGUCGGCGCAGCAGCCGUCCCUGGCCUACCCGGCGCAGCCCACCAUCCGCUUCCCGGAGCAGGCGGACAGCGGCGCCAACGCGCACAUCAAGCGCAGCCAGCACCAGCCCGCCCCGCACCUGCAGCAGACCGGCUUCCCGGGCCCGCUCCAAGGACACGCACCCCAGGCCGGCCCUCAGCAGGGCUUCGGCCCGCAGCCGCAGCAGCACUUCCAGCAGGGGCGCUUCCACCAGCCGCCGCAGGACUUCCCUCCGUACCGCCAGAAUCAGUUCGGGCCUCCACCGCCCCCGCCCCCACCCGCCGCCGGCCCGCUCCGCGGAGCGCCGCCCCCGCAGCACCAGAAGCCCGCCUACCUGCGGCCGCAGCCCAGCCUGGACAGCCUCCAGAACCCGCGCUACCCGCCCUACGCCCAGCAGCAGGGCCCGUUCCAGGAGCCGUUCCGGCCGAGGAUCCCCGGCCCGGGCGACAAGCCGCAGCGGCCGCCCUUCCAGCAGCCGCAGCAGCCCGCGGCUGACACCUUCCGGCCCAACUACUUCCCCCAGCAGCAGGCGCCCAGCGCCGCCCCCAGCCGGCCGCAGCCGCCCUUCGUGCCCAGCGCCCAGCACCCCUCUAGGCCCGCCUUCCAGCACCCACCGCCGCCGCCCCCGGGCGCCGCGCAGCCGCAGUUCCCGCCCUACGCACCGCAGCCGGAGCAGCAGCAGCGGCCGCAGGCGCACCAGCUCCUGCGAGAGCGCCACCAACAGCAGGUCCUCCUGCAGCAGCAGCAACAGCAGGCCCUGCUCAGGCAGCAACAGGAACAACAGAUUCGCGGUCAGCAACAGCCCCAGUUCUCCGCGCAGCACGGUCAGUUUAACCACCAGCAGCAACCUCAGCAGCCUCAGCAGUACUCUCAGCAGCACCCCCAACCACAGCCUCCACAGUACUCUCAGCAGCUCACGCAGCCCCAUCCCCAGCCACAUCCCCAACAACACCCACAGCAACACCCCUCGCAACACGCUCAUCAACACCCCCAGCAACAUCAGCCCCAGUACACCCCCCAGCAGGCCCAGCCUCAGCAGCAGUUUGCUCCACAGCCGUCCAGCCAGCAAGAGACACUCGCCCACCAACAACAACAUCAACAGCAGAUCCAACAACAGCAGUACAACCCACAGCAGAGCCAAUCCCACCAACACCAGCAGCUGCAGCCCCAGAGAGAGACUGUGCUGGGCUCCGAGAUCAUCAAGUCCAUUCCACAGCUUGAGGAGCACGUCCUGCUCAACAGAGGCCAGGGCCCCUUCGGCCAGGGACAGACUGUCUCACACACACUGACCCAUUCGCAGCAACAGCAGAUCCCUCAGCAGCAGCAGCAGCAGCAAUCGUAUCAGCAACAGCGUCAACAACAGCAACAGCAGCAGCAGCCACAGCAACAGCACCAGCAGCAACGCCAGCAGCAGCACCAGCAGCAGCACCAGCAGCAGCACAGCGUGCAGGUGCUUGACAGCGACCAGGACGGUCCCCGCGUCACCUUCUCCUCGUCCACGCCCAGCUACUCGUCCGACAACGGCUUCGUCACGCCUUCGCCGCAGCCCGCGUUCUCGCUCACGCCGAGCUCGACCACCGCCAGCCCAGCACCGCGUCAGCCGCCAAGGCCCGUCGCGACCACCACCACCACGACAACGGAGGAGCCUCCACAGCAGCCCGCCGCGCCAACGACGGAGGAGCCCAAGAUCGACCUCACCAAGAAGCUGGCCGAGCUGCCCGACGAGGUCCCGGACGACAUCCGGGAGCAGCUCAUCUCAUCCGGGAUUCUGGGCAACGCCGACAUCCAGAUCCUCGACUACGACAAGAUCGGGGACACGUCCAUCGACUCCCUGCCCCAGCACGCCCUGGAGAACUUCUAUGCCAACGGCGGCGGGUCUCAGGCCGCCGCCUCCGAGGUGCGCCCGGUCGUGGUGGCGCCGCCGCCCAGAGCCGCGCUGCCACCGAUCGACGCCGAGCCGUCCGCGUCUGAACUCGACGAGGUAGUGGAGGAGGCCGCAGCCCCACAGGGCUCAGCCGCACAGGCCUCGAACGUGGAGAUGAAGGUGGUGCGCUACGACCCAGCGACUGCAGAGGGCCAGCAGGUGGCCGACCAGUACCUGAAGAAGGACGCCGCCGUCCUCAAUGAUCCCGUCGUCUUGAACGACAAUCGCUACAACCGGUACCUGCCACUCAAGAUUUCGGGCGCCACCUUCCCGCUGCCGGACGCGCCGCUGCUCCGCGGCCGCAACGUCACCUCGGUCGUCGUCCUGGCGCCCGUCGACUACGACUUCCUCCAGGACGCUGCCAACGCGGAGACCUCCGAGGACGGGCGGGUGGGCCGCGCCGUGGAGGUGCACGGCGUGCGCUUCGUCGCCGGCGACGCCCUCAAGAAGCUGGUGCGGACGCCGACACAGGAGAACUACCGCCUCUGGCUGCAGCAGGAGCGGCUCAAGCCGCUCGCCAAGCAGUCCGUCAUCCUCCUCGUCACCAGCCCGACUGGGGACAGCAAGGCGGACGCGCAGCCGGACAAGGAGAUCUUCAUGUACGACGCGAGCUCGGACGAGGUGUCGAGGCUCACGGGCGAGCUCAGCACGUCCUUCGUGGAGGUGGCGGAGAGCAACGCCCUGAGCCAGGACCUCGAGAGCGUGGACGUCGAGGGGGAGGCCGCCGAGCAGGACGCGACGGAGCCCAAGACGGCGGCGUCCAGUCGACAGGAGGUCCGCGUCGCGCCGCCAGAGGGAUUCCUCCAGAGACGAUCUGAUGUCAACGACGACGUCGCCGGCGACCUGGAAGGCGCCGGUUCUGACCCCGUGACCGCCCUGUUCAGAACGUCCAUCGCCGCCCAGGAGGACAUGCCCCAGGUCGCCAUUAGCUCGGGCUACGCGAGGACGUCGCUGUCGUGAAGCAAGUGGACGGAGGGUGGGCGGGGGAGAAUGUAAAAAACAGGAGACUGCGAGUGCUUCUGCGGGCUCCGGUCGUCUCCUGGCGCUGGAAAAAGUUCAAACGGAUGCAUGAACCAGCGAGAGAAGUCGAAUCUAGUCUCGAUCUGACGUAGGAGUGUCAUCCUCAUGAUAGGAAGAAGCGGAUCGCCCCGCAGUCUCCAGCAACGUACCUCAUUGUCGAGCAGAGUCUAGGCCAAAAGACAAACAUCGUUUUUGCUCAAGUCGCGUUAACGCUGGCCUGUAGCUUUACGCAUGAUCUUAAUGUGUUAAUUAAUUUAAUUUGAAAACGGAGAAUGUUUGGCUGCGUUGGGAAACAGGUUGCCUCAUUAACUGUUGCCAAACGCAGCCGUCGAUUUUUUUUUUUUUGUUUAAUUUAUACCGGAGGCGUUAAGAAGACCACCUUUCCUUGUUGCGUCCAUUCUGUGACAGGAGGGGGACAGACACGGAAUAACGAAUAAGUUCCGCAAACUGUCAAAGACUACCCAUUUUCGUCAUGUAUCUUGGUAAUUUAACUGACAUCAUUAUCAUCAUCUUCAUCUUCAUCAUCACUUUAAGCAUCAUGACCAUCAAUCAUUAUCAUCACAAAACAUGUCCUUUCUGACCGAAACGAGCCUCGCAUUCCUUUAGACAUCGUCAGAACUGUCACCAUUGUUUCAUUUGCCAUAAUUCUAGAGUAUAAGAGAUGCACCUGCCGUUCAAAAUUUGACAGCAGGAAGCAUGAAAACACAUCAUGUCAUCAUCUGUAUUUGUAUUGUGUUUUUAAAAAAAUAAAACUAUUUUUAAUUGAA